AUGGAGAUCAAGAACCCACGGCGCAUCCUAGCUGUAGGGCCGCCAGACUCGGGCGUGCUCAAGGUGCUCAAAACGCUCACAGGUUCCGCACCUGAGCCUACCGCAGAGACAGUCGCCGGUCUCACUCACGAGUGGCGUAUCGAAACCAAAUACUAUACUGCCACCGUUCCGAUCUGGAUUGACGAGAUUUCCAACGUCACCGAUUGGCAAGCAGAGUUCACUAAACCUGAAGCGCGCGAAGUGGUCACAGCGUUGGGAGCAUGGAUGUAUUGUUUUAAAAAGCCCGUGGAGGAGAAAGAUGUGGAUACGAUCAAAGAGACAAUGCAAGCUGUUGCCAAAGUGAUCGAACGCGCGUGCGGCUUUGGAGGUGACAUGGUAUGUCUUGCUGUUGCCAUGCCGCAGUCCACAACACCGUACCUGGAGAAGAGCGGCGAGGAAUGGGAAGAGACAUGUAUGGAAUAUGGGUUCGAAUACGUCGACUUUGAGGCUAAAGGGAAGAAUGAGUUUGGCGAGGCGAUGGGUGUGCAACGUGUAAAAGAAGCCUUGGAGGCUUGCGAGUGGGAGGGUGUUGAUGCACUAGACUUCGGUGAUGAGGAAGAAGGGUUCGAAGGCAGCUUUGCGGCAGAAGAGGCGGAGAUGAACAUGGAGCUGUUUGGGAUGAAGGAUGCAUUGCAUGGACUUGACAACGGAGAUGGAGGAGACGAAGCGGGGGAGGACGACGUUGAGGAGUUGGAGGCGAUGAUGCGGAAGAUGGUCGCUAUCAAAGAAAUGGGUGAAGGCAUGGAAGAGGCAGAACGGAAACGUUUUGCGGCAAAAGCGAUCAAUGACCUGAUGAAAGAUCUCUAG